AUGCACAAUACGACGAGUCCAAGCAAAACGAAGCGAAAACUAGAGGAAUAUCAACAAGAAUUAAGCGAAAUUGAAAAAGAUCAUUUUUGUACAUUUGACAUAGAUCAUGAUCGAGUAUCAUUUUCAAAAUCGCUUCGCUUAUCAUCUCAAUCUCCACUUUAUACAUGCCACCAACAAUCACAAUCAUCUCCAAUUGAUUCAAAUAUGAAUUUGGAACAAAACCAGCAAAACUUGGCUAAAUCACCGCCACCACCAUUAGAAACUACGCUUCCACCUAAUUUUCAAACAAAAAUUGUUCAAGAAUUUAACAUACAACAAACAAACAGUAGUGAUAUUACUGUUAGUUCAACAAUCAAUAUUAAAUCAUAUUCUAAUGAUACAACGACAAAAGAAUCACAAUCAUCAGCUACAAUAACAGCCAAUGAUUUAUUAAGUGAAGCUGAUUUUGACCGAGUUAUCAAGGACAUAACACCAGCUGAUAGAAAUUUAUUUGAUGAAUUUUUAAUUGUGGGUAGUACAACAACAACAGCAACAUUGUAUUCGACAAAAAAAUCAGAUGAAGAAGAUUUAUUUAUUAGCAACGAUAAAGAUUUAUAUCAAUUAGUUGAAAAUGAUUUCACUAAUAAUGAUCAAACGACAACCUAUUUUCCUAGUCAUGAUCUAUUGUCGUGCAAUGGUAUUCCUUAUGUACAUCAUAAUAUGUCAGAUAAAAGAAGAAAUUCGAUAUCAUCAACAAUACAACAGCAACAUAUUACAAAAAGUACAAUACAUUAUCCACCUCAAAAUAUGUGCAAUACAUAUUCAUCUUCUUCAUUUUUGUGCAAUGAUUCUAAAACUAAUAAUCGUCAUUUAACACAACCACCACUUUCUGGACCAGCAGCGACCACACUCAAAAAAAUGGCCGUACAGCAUCAACAACGACUUCAUCAUGGAGUUUAUUUACCUACUGCACCGUAUCAUCCUAUGACUCAAGGUCAAACCUAUCAGCAACAACAACAGUGCAUAACAACAGUUGAUAACAGUUUUGAUUCAAGUGUCUGUAAUUCUCAAUUGAGACAAGGAACAAAUUUUGAUCAACUACCACAAACAUCGCAGCCUCGUUCGUAUAAUAAAAAAUACGUGAAUGUUUCUACCGAUGGAACAAUGCAAUCGUACGGAAAUCCGUGUAUACCACAACAGCCUAUCAAUCUUCGUUCGUCAAAUUCAUUUUCAUCUUCAUACAUGAUGGACCCAAAUGCCUUUUACCAUCAGCAACAACAACAGCACCAACAAAUGAUUGGCUCAUCACUGUAUUCAAAUUAUGCACCACAAAUGCCGUAUAAUAAUAACACCACCGAAAUGUCUGUGAGACAACAGAUUCCACCAUCCACCACAUCUACAAACACUAAUCAAUCCUAUCGGCCUUGUCCAACAGUGUAG